AUGGCAAAGGAUAUUGAAGAAUAUUUUAUUAAAAGACUUUAAUCCUAUCUUUUAGAAUAUUUGUAAGAUUUCUCAUAAAACAACAUGGCUAAAGUAAUGAGUCCCUUAAUUUAAGUUUUCUUUGGGAGUAUCAUCAAACAUUGUGCUGAAGAAUUUGUGCAUCAAAAAGUAAGCAUUACUCAAUUUCAAAUUUCCAUUAUACAUAAUUGAUGGUAAAAUCAAUUAGAUUACUCUUAAUGUAAGUUUCAUCAAUUUUAUUGUUUAAAGAUGCCUUUAAAUUACAAAAAACAACAACCAGAAAUAAUCAUAGAAGGAAUAGACCUGCAAGUUUGUACUAUAUAAGAGGCUAAUUAAAUUGCAAAGAACAAAGAUCGUUAGACUCAAGGAAUUGAUAAUUUGAAGAAACAUAAACUUAAAUUGUGGGAAGAACAAAUGGCAAAAUAUUUUGAAAAACUAUCUCCACCAAAUUGGAUAUAAAAAAUUGUCGAUGGAAUAUACAAUAAUUUAACAAUAACAAUUAAGUAGUUUAAUCUAAGAUUCUUUAAUCAUUCAAUAUUUGGUUAUGAAACAAUCUUGCGAGUUAAAUUUGAUGCCUAAAUUAAGGCGACAGACAAAGAGUUUAAAUAAAUAUUCAAUAAUGAUCUUAAUUCCACCUAUAAGAUAUUUGAAAUAAAAAAACUAAGUAUCUCUUUUAAAAAUGAUCCUUCCACCAUUCUUUAAAAAAAAGAAGAUUAAAUGAUCUUAACACCAAUAGAUAUAGAAAUCAAAUAUAUUAAAAAUAGAAAUUAUGAACAAUUAACUCAAUCAAUCUAAGUUUUAUAGAUAGUUGUAAAAUCUCCAAUUAUUAUUCAAUUGAAUAAAGAAUAAAAAGAAUAUUUAAUUAAAUUAAAUGAAACACUCUCAAGUUAAGAAGUGAUUUAAGAUAAUUAUCAUUUAAGACCAACAAAAGAUAUUAAGAAUGCUUAUUCAGAAUGGUGGAAAUAUUUCAUUAAAUCUGUUAUCCUAAAAUAGAAGAGUAAAAAAUUAGAUUUAGGUUAUUCAUCAAAAAAGCUUGUUUUAAUGAAAAGAUAUAUAGAAUUAUAUAAAAGAAAGUAAACUAUUAUUUUAGUUCCAUGGCUAUCAUCAUGGACAGCCAAAGAUGAAUCUAAAAUAGCAAAGUGUGAAGAAGAUCUAUCUUUAAAGGACUUAUUAAAGUAUAGAGAAUGGGCAUUUCAAGAAAUUAGGAUAGAAGCUAAAAGAUAUUAUAAUUCAUCAAAAGAUGGACAAAAUAAAUAAAGUGUUAAGCCAUUAUUAGAAAUUUGGACUAAUACCAUCAAUAAUCAAAAUUCUUUUAAAGAUCAUUCUAAAAGAAAUGAUGACAUACCAAUUGAAUUGGAAGGAGAUGAAAAAAUUAGUUUAUAUGAGAUUUUAGAAAGAGAUAAAACUAACGUCUUAUCAAGUUAUUUAAAAGGGGAAAAUAAUCGUCCUGAUUAGAUUAAUAUUUAAUUUACUUUAGAUAUACAUUCUAUUUUCAUUUUAUUAUUUGAAUCUAGAAUUGCAAAUUAUGUCAAAUAUACUCCUGAAAAUACAAAAAUAUUUUAAUUUUGUCAAUGUAAAUAUCAUAUACGUUUGUUAAAAAAGGCAGCGUAUUCUAGAAAGAAAUCAAGAUAAUCAUCUCAUAUAAAUACAUUGAAUUAAGUUUACUAUGAUGCUUAGAAAUAAAAUGAAGAGAAGUCAUUUCAUACAGCCAAAGAAGUGGACAGUUUUUAUGAAGAUAUUGAGGAUUUAAAUGGAGUAGGAUCUAUUGUUUCUUAAACAUCUAAUAGUUUUGAAAAAUUCAAUAGCUUUGAUUCGAAGUAAAUUAAUGAUUAACAAUUUCAUUAAAAAUUUGUGUUAAUGAUAAAUUUUAUAGGUAUAAGGGUACCUUUAAAUAUUUAUUAAAAUGGAGCAAUUUAAACUCCAUCUAUUAAGAAAACGAAAGAACUGUUAGAUAGAAUUUAUAUUGGAGAUAUUAGAAUAAUAGCUCCAGGAAUGUUAUUAAAAGUAAUGGAAGAAAAGGAUAAUUUGACAAGCAUAUAAUCACCCUUAUUCUCUGAUAUAAACUAAUAAAUAUCUUCAUUAAAGCAUCUUUCCUCGUUAUAAAUUUAGUAAUAAUAGUAAUAAUAAUAAUAAUAAUAAUAAUAAUAAUAAUAAUAAUAAUAAUAAUAAUAAUAAUAAUAAUAAUAAUAAUAAUAAUAAUAAUAAUAAUAAUAAUAAUAAUAAUUUUUAUCAUAAUCAUAAUGUUAUUAAUAGUAAUAAAACAAUAAAAUAGAAUAAUCUGAAAAUCCCCAGAAAUAUUCACAUAUAAAAUAUUCAGAUUUCUUUAAUGAAAUUUUUGAGAUUUCAAUUAAUAAUGACUCAUAACAAUUUCUAAAUAGUGAACUUUGUUAUUAAUUAUUGGGUGAAUUUUUAAAAUAAAAUUUAAUGGGAAACGUUAAAUCCUUUUUAGAUGAUUAUGAAAAAGAUAAGAAUAAUUUCCAAGAUUUUACUAUAGAAUAAUUUAAAUAAUAUGAUAAGUAUUUUGAUGAUAGAUAAGAAUAAGAAGAUAAUUGUUUUUUACAUAUAUCAAGAUAAUAAUAUUCUGAAAAAAAAUGGGAAUUUAUAAGAAAUGCAGCAAUAUCUUCUUAUGAAAAAGAUAAACAAAACCAUUGGGUAUAAUGUGAUAAUAAUGAUAAAAGUUUAUUUAUAUCAGAUGCUCACAAUAAGCUAGUCGACAUUAUCAGAAGAAUCUUGUUUAUACCUUUUAUAGAAGAAUAUGGAGAAAUUAUUCUCCCAAUUUGUAUUUACAAUCUAAAGGAGAAAUUAACAUUCCCAAAUAUGUCAAUAUCAAAAUAGAAAGAAGUGUGUACAUUGUAGAUUUGUAUAUCCCUUCAAGGUGAAUAAUCUGAAUAUAGAAUCAUUUCAAAUAGUGAUUAAAAGAAAGGAUUGUAAAAAGAAGGCACAAUUCCAAUUUAAUCGGCAUAAUAUAGUGAAAUAAUAAUUUAGUUGCACCCUUUCUAAACAUUACUAUCAACAAAAACAGUGUCUUCUUUAUUGCAUUUUAUGCAGCAUUAAAAAUAAGAAAUAUUUAAGUCUCCUGCAUAUAGAUAAUGUAAAGAAGAUCACAAAUUACUCGAAUGUAUUGUUAAAAGCAAACCUUUAAAUAAAGUAGUUUAGAUAUAGCCAUAAUGGAAAUUCUCAUUAAAAAUGGACGGAAAAUAAAAAAUAAAAAUAGUUUCAGAUUCUAUUUCUAGUAAGAUUAAAACAGAAUUAAAGUUUCAAUUAAAAAAUCUUCUAAUUUAAACAGUCAAUUUGGAUGACACAGAAUAUCAAAAUUGUUUUUAAAUAUUUACUUAAUAAAAUAAGUCUACUUUCAUUCUUUAAUAAAGAUAUUACUCUAUAAAAAAAGCAGUAGUUGAAAAAAUAUCAAUUGCUCACAAAUAUUUUUCAAUAGAUUAUAAAUAUUAUAAUGAAGAGAUUAAACAUUAUGAAAAACAAAUGUAAGGGCCAAAGAAUGGAAGAGAAUAAUUAAAUUCCCCUUCUUAGUAUUAAUAAAAUAAAAAUUCAAAUCGAUAAGGGUAGUCAUCACAUCAAAUUAAACAUUCAGCCACAUUAAAUUAAGAAUAAAAGAUAUAAUCAAAUAUGGCAAGUUAAACUAAUAUAAAAUCUUAAAAUAAAAUAUCUGGAAUAAAAUCAUAAAUUUUGAAAACAUAAUUUAUUUCAUUUUAAUUAGACUCCUUAAUCUAAAAUCAUCCUUUAUUAACAGAUAGAAAAUUAUAUAUUUAAUUUCCAUCAUUAGAUUUAUAAAUAAAUGAUUCUCAGAUUUGCUUUAUAGAGCUUUUAAUGAUAUUGAAUAAGAAAUUAGAAAGUUAACAUCAAAAAUAAUACUCUGAAGUCAGAUAUUCAAUGACAAAAGAUAGCUUAAUAAAGGCAGAAUUGCAAUUGCUAUUAAAUGAUCAUAAAAAAUAAAAAAAGGAUUGUAAACAUUGCAUAAUCAAAUAUAGGAAGAGUCUUUAAUUAAAAAAUAUUGUUUUUGGUGUAGUGCCAAAAAUUGAUAAUGAAAUUAAUUUGUUUACAUUGUUCGAAUUCGAAAAUUAAUUGAUAAUUCAAAGAUAAAAGGAAAGAAAGUUGAAAGAAUCUGUUAAUAUGAAAUCUAAUUCCUGGUAAUCAUUAAAGGAAAAAAAAAGAAUUGAUGGAAUUAGAAUUUAAUUUGCUAGUACACCAAAAUCCACAAAAAGUACAAUUUAUAUUACACUAAUUGAAAUACCAUUAUUUAUCAUUACUCAUGAUAAAGGAUAUUUUAAAGACACUAUUGCUAUUCAUUGUUAAAAAACUCCAUAAUGCGGUGAUGGAUCUCGUCAAAGCAGUAUUAAUAAAUUGGAUAAAGAUAAACAUGCACAUACCAAUACAAAUACUCAUACUCAAUUAGAAAGAAAUAAAUCUCUUAAAGAAAUGGGCCCAAAAAAAUAAUAUUAGCCAUAUUCAUAAGAUAAAAUUAAUGAAAAUAAUCCUGAUAUAAACAAUAUUUUAUUCCAACCAUCAUUAAUAGUCCAAGAAUCCCAAAUGUUAGGAGAUAAACUUGAUGAUAAAUUUGUAUUUUAUUGCAGAAAUAAAGAAAUUGAAAUGUUCAAUUAAGAAUUUAUACAAUAUGAUGAUAAAGAUCAUAUGUAAUAAUCUUAUCAAAUAUCUUGUAAUAAUUAUUAUUAAGACCCUAUUUAUUUGUUAUAUUAUUGUCAUAAACCCUUAAGAUCUCAUUUGCUCUCCUGUGUAAUAGAUGAUUUUUUCAAGGAAAAACACUCUAAAACAAAAAUCUUUUUUGCAAUAGAUAAUAUAAAAGCUAUAUUUAGUAAUUAAUUUUCAACUUAUAAUCUUAUAACUAUACUCAAAAAUAUUUUUACUAUUAAAAAUGUUUAAGAAAAUGCAUUUAAUUUAAUUAAUAAAGAUCUUAUUAAGUAAGAAAAAGAAAAGUUACAAUUAAAAUAAAAUCCAUUAAAACUACUCAAUGAUGUAAUUGUUUGUGCUUUGAUUUAAAAUAUCUAUAUAAAAUCUAAUGAAACCUUCUUUAAAUUAAUUUAAUUAAGAGCAUUCAUUUAAUUGCAUUUGAUGGGAAGAGUUAGAGGAAAUAAUCUUUAAAAAAGAACAUUUUAAAGCUUCUAUCCAAGCACAAAUUCAGGUGUUUCAUUAUAGAAAAAUAGAUAAUCAGUUAAUUCUUAUGAGGAAGAUUAAAUAAUUAGAUGUGAUUUCAUUAUAUUUAAUUUUAAUUAGGUAUCUUAAAUUGAUAUCAAAAUUAUUAAUGUAAUUAAAUAAAAAGAAGAACUUAGUUUAUCAGUUAAUGAAAUUUAAAUCAGUAUUAUGGGAAAAUAAAAAGAAAAUCUAUUAGUGAUGCCUGGUAAAGAUACAGGAACUUAAAGAGCUUCAUAUGCAUUACAUAUUAAUUUAUCAUUUUAGAAUUCAUAUCCUUUGGUAAAAUUCUAAAUUGAAUAAGCUAAAAUCAUACUUUCUUAAUAAAAAAUUUAAGAUUUAUUAAUAGCUAUUAAUAGUUUCUACUUAAUUAAUAUUGAAGAAUCAAUAUCUUUGAAAUAACAUUUAUUAAAGUUUAUUUUUUAAUAAGAGUUAUUUAUAAAUGAAUAAAGAGAAAAGUCUGUUGGAAUAAAUUUAUUUGUUAAAAAUAUUAAAAAUUAGAAAAAAUCUUAUAAAUAUGCAAUUGAAUUAUUUAUAGAUUCCUUAAUUAUUAUUUUAUAAGCAUAAGAAUAAGAUUUUUUUUUGUUUUAAUUUCAUCAAAUUUAAAUGAGCAAAAAAAACUAAACUAAUUUAGAAUUAUCAUUAUCUUAAAUUGAGAUGAAACCAUAAAAUAAUAAUAAUGAAUAAUAACUUUAUUAAAAUUUAAUAGAACCUAUUGAUGAUUAAUAGCUGUUUAUUUUUAAAUUAGAAAAUAAUGUAAUAAUUAUAAAGAAUGUUAAAUUCUAUUUAAUUUCAAGAUAUCUCAAAGAAUUAGAAGCUUUCAAACAUAUAAUUGAGGAAAUCUUAUAAAAAAACUUAAAUGAAUUGAAGGAUAGAUAUCAAAAGGAUUUUGAUUUAUAAUUAUAAAUUAAAUAAGAAGAAGAUUUUAUCAAGGAAAAAGACAGUUUUAACUAUAAAAUUUCAAUUGAAAAUUCAUAAUUUAUAAUACCUGAAUCAUCAAUAGGAUCAAAUCUGAUAAUAUUAACAUUUGAUGAAGCAAACUUAGAUUUAAAAAAACAAAAAAUAAAUUUAAAGAUGCCAGAUAUUUAAGAUGAUUUCUUAUUGUAAUCAAAUGAAGAACAUUUAUUAAUUGAUUACAAAGAGAAAAAUUAGGGAGAUGGAGAAUUUUGUGUAAUAAAUAUUAAUGGAUAUUUUCAAAAUGUUUAAGUUAAUUAUUAGUUCUCUAAUAUAUUAGAAAGUGGAUAAUUAUUAUUUGCAGGUAAUAUCAUAAUUAAUUUAUAGAUACAAUUCAACCAAUUAUUGAUAUACCUAACUUUGAUUAAAAUUGUGGAUAAAUUCCUUGGAAAUUUAAGGAUGCUUGCAAAUUAAUAAUUCACAAUUUAAAAAUGUCACUUGAUUUUGGAAAAUUACUUAAAUUAUAAAGUUUUCUAAAAAAGAAUUUAGAAGAAUAAUCUCCUUUGUUUUAAUUUACUUAAUCAUUAUUAUAGAAAAUAAAUUUUGAAGUAAAUCAAAAAAUAUAUAUCUAGAUAAAAUUAGCAGAAAGUUCUCUAUAAUUUACAAGAUAUAAUUAAGGAGAACCAGAAAAACUUAUAUAUAUUAAGGAAUAGGCCAAGGUAUAUAAAUAGAAACCAAGGUUAAGUAAAAAUUUUCAUAAUUAAUAAUCGUCCAAAAGAGAGUCAAUGUCAUGA